AUGCACGCCGUCACUCUCACAACUCUUCUGGCCGCGGCCUUGAGUGUUGAGGCCAGCCCUCUCCAGCAAGUCAAGCGCGCUCUUAUCGGCCGUAUUCCCGAUGGUGCUCAUGAGAUUGAGCACAAGUUCCAGCCUGUCACUGAUUUCGACACUGACGGCUGCUACUACACUUCAGCCAUUGACCAGGACGGUAACACCAACCGUGGUCUAGGCCAGAAGGAUGUCUUUGCCAAGGGCCUUGCUGCUGAUUGCCGUAACAAUGACCGCCUCGAGAACAACAAUCUCUACAGCCGAAAGCGGUGUAACAAUGGCUGGUGUGCUAUCAUGUACGAGUACUACUUCGAGAAGGACCAGAUUGUCUGGGGCUCCAUCGGCGUCGGUCCUGGCAAUGGCCACACCCACGACUGGGAGAACAUUGUUGUCUUUGUUCAAGGCGAGGAUGUCAAGCGAGUCGCUCCCUCUUGUCACGGCAAAUACGACCACGCCACUAACGAGCCUCGUCUCGAUGGCCAGCGCGCCAAGGUUGUCUACCACAAGGACAAGGGCGAGACCCACUGCUGGCGCAUGGCCAACGAGGCCGACGAUGGCAUCGAGAACUUCACUGGCCAGUGGUUCAUUGGAAACCUUGUUGGCUGGGACAAUUGGCCCGUUGUCAACGGCCGAUCUCUCCGAGACACCCUCUACGAUGCUUGGAAUGGUGGAAUCGGACCCAAGUUCUGGGACAAGGACGAUAGCUUCACCAACACUCUCCGCAAGGCUGCUGGUGAUGGUGCCCCUGGCUUUGACCCUGCUGUUGACGAGUAA